GUUUUUUUUUUGUUAAUAAAAUUGUAUUAUUAAAAUACAUUAAAAUAGAGCAGCUUAUAAGGAAUCGGUAGAACCGAAACGGAUUAAAGACGGAAACACUGGCACUGAACCAGGAUGGCCAGGAUGUAUCCGGUGGCGUUUGUCCUGCUGCUGCUGGUUGCAUUUAAUGCCGGCGCAAAUUUGGGACGCGAUGACGAACGAUUCCAUGAGGAGCUAGUGGUUCGUCCAUUGUCCGGCGACCAUGUCAACACCUACUUCCAGUUCACCACGCGCUGGCACUACGGCGACAAGGACAAUCUUUACCACACCCAAUUGACGCCGCGCGUGAUUGCGGAGCUGCUGCAGCAGUUUGCGGUGAAGGAGCUGCACAUUGGCCUGACCCAGGGAUUGUGGCGCUACGAGACGUGGGGCUAUCCCAUUGUGGAGGCCACCAGCGGUGCCGAGAUGUGGGCGUGGUUCAGUGGCGCGAAUUUGACCAACCGCGAAGUGGACCGCCAGUGGAAGGAGUUGGCCAACGUGUUCUCUGGCGUUUUGUGCGCCUCGCUGAAUUUCGUGGACAAUACGAAUAGCAUUGCACCGCGGCACUUGAUCCGACCACAAUUCAUGCCAGCCAAUGGCCAGAGAUUCGUCCGCUACGCCACAUUGCCGCGCGAGAUUGUGUGCACGGAGAAUCUGACGCCGUGGAAGAAACUGCUGCCAUGCGGCAGUGCCUCAGGCUUUGCCUCACUUCUCAACUCGGGACACGUGCACAACACCAAGUACCAUUCACUGGGCCUGAAGGUGCGGGUGCUGUGCGAGGAUCACGACGAGGACAACUGCAUUGUGGAGCUGACCCAGACGGCCAACUUGGUCUACGAUCUCCGGCUGUUCGAGCUGAGCAACAAUGAUUUCUCGCUGCGCCGUCUGUUCGGCAUGGGAUUGAAUGGCUUUUGUGAGCUGGCCGAGAGCUCCAAGAUCUAUGUGCAGCGCAACGAGCAGGGCGAGCGCUACCAAUUGGUACCGGAGCCCGUGCACGAGGUGAAGACCACUCGUGGUGGGCACAGUGUCGUCUACUCCGUCUACGAUAUGCACGAGCAGUUCAAGGAGCCCGGCGAGCGGCUCUUUAAUGUGGCCUGGCUGGCGCCAAAGAGCGAGAAUCGCAGACGUAAUCUGGCAAAGCCAUCGCUGCCGCCGGUGACGGUUCAUCGUUAUCUGUUGGGCCAUGGCCAGGAGCGGGGCAGGAUCGUCACAGAGGUGACGAACUCGCAUUACGACGCAUUGCCCAUAAUGCUGCAGGAGGUGAUACCGUGGUAUGUGCACGCCUACUUGCACACGCUUUCCAUUCGCCGCAAGCCGCAGCGCGUCAACGAAUACGGACGCCAGCGACUGCCCUUCAAGCUGCUCCACUAUACGCCCGGCAAGCAGAGGGAACUGCCAUCCCACCUGGAAAUCGGCUUCACGCUGCCCGGCCAGACAUCGGCACUGAUCACCAUCGAUGUGGAUUACCUGCUGCUCAAGUGGCUGGAGUAUCCGCCGGAUGCGAAUCACGGCCACUACAUCGGCUCCGCCAUCGUGUCCAGCCAACUGCCGAUGGGCAGGAACUACACCGCUCUGCCGCCGGAGGGGCAUCUCUUCGAGCAUUCGUUCAAUGCCACACGGCCGAGUUAUGUGCUCAGUUUGCACACGGAAGCGCUGAUUGUCUCGCUGCCCACGCCCGACUUCAGCAUGCCGUACAAUGUGAUCUGUCUGGCGUGCACGGUGGUGGCCCUGGCCUUCGGACCCAUCCACAGUGUGGCCACCAAGAUGAUCAUUGUGGGCCGCCAGGCGUCGACGCCCAAGAACUUUGUCAAGAAGAUCUUUAACAAGAUUUUCCGGCGCGGCAAGGCCGCCGAUGAAGCAGCUGCCGAGGGCGAAGGAUUGAAAGCAGCUACAGGAGCAGCAGCAGCGGGUGCAACUGGAAUGGCAUCUGCGAGAGCAUCGGUAUCGCCAGGCGGCCCAUCGGGCGACCAGCCGUUGCUGGAAGAUCUCGACGAGGAAGAGGAGGAGCAGGACUAGGAGAUGACACACACACACACAACAGCCACCGGGAGUCGUGAUAAGCUCCCACUGAUAGUAAACCCUUACAAUUCCAAUAAAAAGUAUCACAAAACACA